CUGCGAUGCUGGUCGUUCAUGCAGGGGGCGCUCUGUGGCUCAGCAAGCCCAAACACCAUUGACUGCUGCGUUCAAGUCCUCCUGGGAAGUUCGUAUUUACAAAUUGGGAAUUGAUGUUUACGACGUCAGAUCGCUAAAUGUUGGUUGAGAGACGAGGCGAAUUCACGGACUUUUGCGGAGUAUUUUCUGAGCGAAUCUUGUGAUUUUGAAGCUGUUUGGAGGAUUUCUGAGAGGAGACUUUUAUUCUAGAAGGACUUCGCAGGAUAUAUCCUUUAUAUAGAGUUAUAUUUUUUAAAGAGUUCAUAUUAUUUCUGAGGAUACUUUUAUUUUACUGUUCUAUUCUUAUUUUAGAAGGAAUUUGGUUUUAUUAAAUUUUAAUUAAAUUUUUUGUUUUAUUUUAUUUAUUUAUUUAUUUUUUUAGGAGGAGUAUUUCUGAGGAGAGUUGUAUUUUAUUGUAUUGUAUUUUGUAUUGUGUUUUGUAUUGUUUUUGUUGCAGUUUGCAGGAGGAUGUCGAUGGCUCACAUGAUGGGUGGAAGAGGAGGUCAGGCUCACAGGAAGAGGGAGUGCCAGAGCGGUCAUCAGUCGUUAAGCCUUAGCAGCAGAGGCUCAUACGAACUCGUUUGGAGGUGGAGUGGUGAUGGAGCGGAUAGCCAAAACGGCCACAGCAGUUGCAGAAACAGGUGUUUGUCCAGGUCCGACAGCCUCGAAGAGUUGCUGUGCCCUCCGCUGCCAGGUCAAGUUCCUGUCGAGCCAGCAGAAACUUCAUAUGGCCUAACUGCUCAGGGUGCCAGGGAGGCUCCUCCUGUGAACAAGAGCUCAACAGAAAAACCUACAGAACAUAAGAAGAGGAAAAGAAUUCGUUCUUUCCUCAACAGGCUAUGGAAGGCCAUGAAGCAUCCUUUCCGGUGCUGUUGCCCCUGUAGUGCUGUGGAUGUUGUGGAGCCUUUUGUCCCUCCACCAGUUUUGGAGCCAGAGCCUGAUCCCGAGCCACCAUCACCUGCUCCAGAUCACUUCAGCUUCAAACCAAAUAAUGAGUCCUUUGAGUCUCUCUAUAAUGUGGGAGCGAUGAUUGGAUCCGGAGGAUUUGGCAGGGUGUACGAGGGAACACGCAAAUUUGAUGGCAAAAAGGUUGCCAUCAAGCGGAUGCUCAAGAUUGACAACGCUCGUUAUCUUGAUAUUCCUGGGCAUCCCAAACCACUCGUUACAGAAGUGGCGCUGCUGCUAAUGAUGAGGCGAGAACCCACAAGCCCCUUCGUCAUACAACUAUACGAGUGGUUUGAACACCCUCGAAAAUUCACUCUCAUCAUGGAGUACCCGGAACCCUGCGAGAGCUUGCUGGACUUCAUCAAUCGUGAACCCGGGCCGGAUGAACCAGUAUCACGGGUCAUCAUGUUACAGGCUGUGGUGGCAAUACAACACUGCAUCAAGCAUGGGGUAUUUCAUAACGACAUUCAUGCGCUGAAUUUCCUGUUCAAGAGAAGAACAUCAGAGCUCAAGCUGAUAGACUUUGGCGCUGGUCAGCUAUUUAGUAGUGAUGGCUACGAGAGCGACACAUACAUUGGAGCACCGGAUUACUGCCCACCUGAAGUCUUGACAGAGCCUCGAUUCCACGCCGUCCCAGCAAAUGUCUGGGCUCUAGGAGUGCUGUUGUACAACAUGGUGAACACAUGUCGCCCUUUUUGCAAUAGAACAGAAAUCACACAAGCCAAAGUUACAUUCCAGAACUCCAACUUAUCCAAAGAAUGCAGAGAUCUGAUUAGAAAGUGCCUAGCCCGGGAUCCAACUGAACGGCCGACAUUAGAGCAGAUGUCACUUCAUAAAUGGUUUAGUGAUGGUCUACUGUAGUUUGAAGAAGUUCAGGAGAUUCACUCAAUCAGUGAUUUCAGGAAAUUACAUACUUGCUGUCCUUGGUGGAGGGCUUGAGCUCGAGACUUGACCUGAAGCCUAAAGUCCAACCCCAACCUGACAGGGAACUCAGAGCCUGUCCAUGUCCGAGCAAGAACACGAGAGACUGCAAGACUGGAAAGAAGUCAUCACAGCCACAUUUGCUUUGUUUUUAAAGUCAUUUUGCUUUGUUUUUAAAAGUCAAGACAAGUCAUCUUUAUUUAUAUAGUGCUUUAAAUAAGAACAAUCUGUAUAU